AAAGUAUUUAAUAAUAUUAUGUUCUGAAUUCCAAGUAAUUAAUCAAUACGGUCACGAUGUUUAUGAAUCGGCCCCUUAUUGCUGUAGCAUAGGGAAAGGGUGUAUUUUACUUUACCCCUGUUAAAUCCUUUGAGUCUAGAAAAUUCUAACCUUGCUAACCGUUGUUUCUGCCUAAGUUGAUUUUGGCGUCGGAUUGGCGUAAAAUGGAGAAGGCAAAUGCUCAUAAAGGAGAUGCACGGUACGGUUGGGAGGCGGCAACAGAGCAAAUGCAGAAUUGGCAGCAAUGGGGGAAGAAGUCACACCAUUCCCACAAUUACCUGCAAUUGUCGGAUGUGGUUGGUUCAGAAGAAAAUGUUAUAUGGUGGGUUGAUACAAUUGAGGAGUUAGUGAAUGCUACAAACUAUUUUAGCUCAGCUGAGGUCGAGCUGGUUGGAAUGGAUUGCGAGUGGAAGCCAAACUUUGUGAAAGGAGCGGACCCAAAUCAGGUUUCUAUUUUACAGAUUGCUACUCGGAAAAAAGUACUAAUAAUUGACUUGAUAGGACUAUUUGAGAGAGAACCUAAUGCAUUGGACACCUGCCUCAAAGUUGUUUUUCAUUCUCCUAAGAUUUUAAAGUUAGGUUAUUCCUUUCACCACGAUCUAAAGCAGCUUUCUGAGUCAUAUGAAGCUCUAGAGUGUUUUUACUUCUGUGAUGGUGUUUUGGAUCUUCAAGAGCUUCACAUAACCUCUAAGGGUGGCCUUUCUGGCCUUGCAAAGACUGUAUUAGGAAGUGAGUUAAACAAAGGAAGACGGAUGAGUAAUUGGGAGCAGCGCCCCUUGACCUCUAGCCAGCUACGUUAUGCAGCUCUUGAUGCAGCCGUUCUUAUUUCUAUAUUCGAUGUUUGUUGUGAAUCUUCAUCACGUGAAAGUGCAGGGACCCAGCACACAUCUGAUUGGCCAUCGCUAGUUAAACAGUACGGAACUUAUGAGAAACACAAAAGAAAUCCUGAAGUCCUUUCGGAAGCUGAUUUAGCUGGUGCUUCCAUAGGAGAUGAAUUUGCAGAUAACCGGGAUUUCAGGAGGAACAGCAGUACUAUAGGACCAGCUGGAGGAUGUUGGAAUUGUGGGGGAGAUCAUUAUAGGAAUAAGUGCCCAAACAAACCAGAUACAACCACCAAGCCACCAACCAGAAUCUGUGCAACAGUGAAUAGGCGUGAAGGACCAGCUAGGGGAUGUUGGACUUGUGGCGGAGAUCAUCAUAAGAAUGAAUGUCCAGAAAAUCCUAAUAGAACAACGAAGGCUCGAGCUAGAAUCAAUACAGCAGCAGAUAAUCAAGCUUCCCCCAUUGAACUUCAAAGCACUAGAGGUAGAAGGGGCCAACGAAAUAUGCGUUUCUCCACUCACAAUCCUAGACAUACACGGUAUGUAAUGAUGUAAGAGAUUUAUUCAAAUUAAAUUCCUUUGAAAACAAUGUGUUGAGAAAGGAGUUAUGCAAGAAGAUGAGGACAUGUAUAAAAAUUAUAAUCGAAACUUAUUUAAUUAAAUCAAUAUAGCUUAAAUUUAGGGGGAGGAUGUCACCUACCUAUAAGACUCAUUUUUAAGACACUUAUAUUCUCAUUGUAAUUUGGACUAGUGUGGAAACUCGAUAAAUUUGUUACUUAUCUUGGAUUAAAUAUACUUAUUCUUGGUUAAAUUAUAAUGCAAUGACAAAUUAAGAUGUUUAGAUUUCUAAA